GUUAAUGGACAUGAGAUGGAGUGGAGGAUUCCUAGUCAGGGUUCAUACCUCACCUGCCAUGUCACUCCAUGCCACGCACAAGGCCCAUCUCGGGGAAAGGAGUCCCAGGAUGUGUUUUUGCCCAGGUGUGCAUUUCAUCUCCCUGAAACACACAGCACUCAGCCCUCCCUUCCCAUCUCCACACCAUGGAGUCAGUGCCACAGCCUUUGCUAUGCACUCCUCAGGCCUCUCCCUGGCACUGACCCUGGAUUUCCCAUCAUCUGUACUUGGAGGGCUGGGUCCCCACCCCUGCUUUUGGUUCUCUGUCUUCCUUCCUUCUUGUGACUGAGCUGGUUGCCGUGGAGAUGAGGUUGCUCAGCCUCCCCAUCCUGCUGGCCUGCCCACCUCAGAUCCUGGAUGCUCUUAGCAUCACACUCCCCUGCUCCAGCAUGUCCUCCCUGCUCUGACAAUGGGCAUGCAACACAGGGUAGCUGCAGUCCUGCAGUUCUGCCCACUCCUUCUGUUCAGGUAAAAUACCCUCGUGAAUCUUCCAGCCCCCAGGGUAGGGCCCUGGGCACUGUAGGCAGCCCCUCAUCUAAGCCAGGGCCUCCUCCUCUUGCAGCAGGCAAGGGAGCAUUGGGCUCCUUGUCUCCCAGCACUCGCUUUUGGGAAAAAGACUUUUCCUCUUUGAGCUGAACCACUCUGUCCAUAUUACACAGAAGCCAUAUUUGUACUGGGGGCGGGGGGGGGUGAGGGCCGUUGUGCUGUGUGUGUCUGUCCAUGGGCGGGGGUGGGGGAAGGGGCCAGGGAUCGUGUAUCUUUAUAAUCUUUCUAACUCUCCUGUGCUAAUCUCAGAGGGGCCACCCUCAAUAUAUCUGGAUUAUUCGUGUCGUUCGGCUGCCUCCUUUCUGCUGCUCUUACUGCUGCCAGGCUGCAUGUACAUAAGGGCCACUCUGGUAUCCCUGGCACCAGGCACCUCUAGGGGCGAGGCAUCCUUGCCUUGCCACUCUUCCAUAAGGGAGAUAAAUGUCUCCACCUCCUUCCGCUGGGACUCUGCUUUCCAGAGAGGGUUUUGGGUGGGGCAUCAGACUGCCCCCUCUGCCAGCCAAUGCUGAAGGAUGCUGGGAUGGAGGAGGAGAAGCCAACAACACUAUCCAGGAAAGAGAACGUCACCAGGCCUUUCCCAAACUCACUUUUCAGUCCCCUCUGUGUGGAAGCUGAAACUUGACCUGGUGUCCUGGGAGAGAAGAGAGAAUUUCUACAAGGUGACCAUCCUUUUGUACCUGGAUCUACAGUGCUGGGCCCCAGGCACUCCUUUGUGAAUGAGACAAAGUCCUGAAAAGAAUUGGGGUCAAAAUAUCCCAUGCUUUCUUGAAGGAAUGAAAGUGUCUCCUCUCCUACUAUAUCUCAUUGUUGCUGCUUGGACCCUGAGAUCACCCCUCCCAAAGCCCAGGCUAUAUCUCUGCAUCCACGAAAAUAAAAUGCAGAGGUGGAGGAGGCCACAGCAGAGACCCUGGGAAAGUAGCAGGGAUGUGGCCACCAAAGAGCAGAAACAUUGGGUUAGGAGGCCUGCAGGAUAGAUGCCCUCUGUGUCUGCUGGCCAGGGAGAUAGCAGCUCCACUCCCUCAACACAACUUCCCAUAUUGCUAAGAUGCCAGGCCAAUAUAACAGCUGCAGAGCCUUUACAUCCCACAACAGAAAUAUGAAUAGAGAUUACCUCAUAGGCAACAGUCCCAUUUUAAAAUAUGCUAUCCCAGUGUCCCCCAGAGCCUACUUCAAUGUGUCAGACCAUGUGUUCUGCUUGGUAUGGGAGAUGCAUUCACUGCGCCCAUAGGUGGUGAGGCAAAUGCCCAAUCGCUCUCUGAAGCAACAUCACUGGGCAGUCUUGACAGCCCCUCGGCCCUCCCUCCCUCUCUCACUGAAACACCCAUGAUUCCAGAUAGCGACGCACACACCCAGACACCUAGUACCAAACAUUCGGAUGUGUGCCCACUGAUACACAGCGAGGGCAACAGAUAAACAGUUACGUCCUACCCACCCUGAUACACACAGAGCUCCUGCCGACUUGCAUGCGCAAGCACAGAUCCAACCAGGACACCGGCACCAUCGACACACCUUCCCUCCCAAUGCACACAGCCCUUUGGACCUUGCUGGGCUCCUGUUCAAAGGGAUGGGGAAAAGUGACAGUCAUCAGCUGCCUUUCUCACCUCAAUUUCCCAGCACCCCUCUUAUCUCCACCUCACCAGUCACCCCGGCCCCUCUUCCUUCCUCGGACUUGCAGAUUCCUCUCUUGCUGGAAAGUCUCCUGGUUUCUUCCUCUCCAUCUUCGGGAAAAUGCUUGCCAUCUGUUCCUUGCUGUGUUCCUCUCCCGAGACCCCCCUGACCCCGUCAAAUGCAAUCUCAAAACAGGAAGCUCCGGGUUGGUGCACAGGCUGACCUGAGGCUCGGGCAGGCAGUGGGUGUGGGGUAUGGCUUCCUGAGUGCUGCGCCACGGCCCUGCCCAGAACCCGAGGGCCUUCAUUAGUCCUUGGCACUUAUCAAGGAGCCACAGCCGCUGACAGAGCUGCAAGCCCUUCUCUCCUCCUGCCCUGCACCCACAGUGCCAUGGGGAGCUGCCUGGACCGGGUAAAGCCCUCCUUCUCACUCGACAUGAAUGGAAGUCAGUUGGAUCUUGGAGACUAUUCAUGGAAUUAUUCCAACGGUGAGAACACCAGCUAUGGACGCUUCGAAGACUACAACUGGCUGGAUUCUGCUGCGCCCUGCCAUUCCUGUAACCUGCUGGACGAAUCCUCGUUGCCCUUCUUUAUCCUUUCUAGUGUUCUGGGUAUUCUGGCCAGUGGAGCUGUCCUCUUUGCGCUGCUUAGACCUCUCUUCCACUGGCAGCUCUGUCCUGCCUGGCCAUUCCUGGCCCAGAUGGCAGUGGGCAGUGGCCUCUUCAGCAUUGUGGUGCCCAUUCUGGCACCAGGGCUAAAUAGUGCCCAGAGCACUAUCUUGUGCCACCUGGGCUACUGGAUCUGGUACAGCUCCGCCUUUGCUCAGGCUCUGCUGAUAGGGUGCCAUGCUUGCCUGGCCCCCAAACUGGGCCCAGGCCAGGUCCCAGGGCUCACCCUGGGGCUCACUGUAGGACUUUGGGGAGUGUCUGCCCUAUUAGGGUUACCCGUCACUCUCGCCAGUGACACAGCUUCUGGGUUCUGCACCCUGUCCUACAGCAGGGGUCUGGGCGCUCUGCAGUCCACACAUGUUGUGAUCUGUUUUGCCAUCUUCAGCUUGUUGCCCCUGGGUUUGUUGGGAGCCAAGGGGCUGAGGAGGGCAUUGGGCAGGGGUCCAGGUCCCUGGGUUGACAUCUUGUGGAUGUGGUUCAUUUUCUGGUGGCCUCAUGGAGUGAUUCUGGGGUUUGACUCCCUAGUAAGGACCAAAGUCUUGCUGUUGCCCACAUGUCUGGCCCAGCAGAUUCUGGAUCUGGCGCUGCACCUGGCCGAAGCGCUGGCCAUAUUGCACUGUGUAGCUGCCCCUCUGCUCCUGGCCCUGUUCUUCCACCAAGCCACUCAGUCUUCCUUUCCUUCCCUGCCCCUCUCUGCAAGACGGUCUUCUCAUCUGGACAACGAUGGAGGCAAAACCUAGCUCUCCUCCCACCUGUCAACCUGAAUUAAAGCCUGUGCUGCUUCAAUAAAGUGGGUAAUCUCUUAUUUUGUUUAACGAUGAAGAGGAGAGACAGGAGAGUGGAGCAAGAAAGAGGUUUCCUGCUAGUUUCUUGCAGGGCUCUGCUUCUCUGGCUGGCCUCGGGGAGAAAGUGAAUGACUUAUAAACAUUCUCAGGGAACACAGAUGUUCUCUGAGGUGUGAGGUUACUGCCUUCUCCAGGGUGGAGAUAAGAGGAGCCUUUUGCACACUGCAAAAACCAGAAGACAAAGCUUCUUAACAGGUUAUUAGAGAAGAGAAGCUGUGAGAGAUAGCAAACAGAACAGGAGUAGAAACUGGAGAGAGAGACACACAGCAAAGAAUGACAAUAAAACCCAAAGCAAUAGUAUCUCUCUCUGCAUGACCUGUCCAGCACCCCCACACCCCCAUCUUGUCUUCUCUCUGCCUAUAUUUAGAGAUCAGAGUGUUGUGAGGGCAGUGGGCGAAUCAUAGGAGACAUUUCUUAGUCCAGGACACAGACCAAGACAAUUCGGAAAGCAGUUUCCUAUGAGUCAGCUUUCACAGGAUCAUUCUUCAGUAUGACCCUGAUUCCCAUGUGUGUGUACGCACACGUUCACAUGUACGUCUGUCUUUCAAUGUUAAACCCACAGCCAUGUUAGAUGCAUGCAUGUCACGAUAAAUGUGUCUGACCCACACGUAAGUGUGUGCACCCUGACCUUCCUCAGCGCCCCUCUCCUCAUUAAAUUCUGCACCCGCCCCUGUUCUCUGGAUAAGGAAGCAAGGUUGAUGACUCACUCCUUACCCAAAUGAGUUCUUUUACUCUGGCUUUGAGGUCCAAUUCUCCGUGUAGGCUAUGAAGAGGGAAGCAAAGUCGAGAAGUUGUGAAGGGUGGAGAAACUUAAAGGGGGAGGACCUCAUCUGACUCAUCUUCUGCCUGGAACUCCUCAAUUUCCCUUUCAGACCCCAGCUCCUGAAAUAAACCUUUCUUCCCCACACAAAUCUUUCCUUCUACUUCUCACACUGUGCCCCCAUAUACUAGGCACCUUCUUUCCCAGUGGGUGUUUUUCUGGCUGCUGGAUCAGGAUUGUGGAGGCUUUUCCUCAGCCCCUCCCCUGCUGCAUUUACGUGAUGAUUGGGAGUAAGUCCCUCUAAAUGUGGGGCACAACCUCUAGAGCCAACAAAAACCCCACCCUUUACCCAGAAAAGUCACAACAAAAGUUCCUCUCUCCAACCCAACUACAGACUGGGGCAGCUUGACGAGUGCUUAGCAUCAACAGAAUCUGGUUAUGGUCAUUUUUCAAAGAUGUGCUUUCCCUGGCAUCUUCCCUACAAGGACUCUGUGUGACUCAGUGGGCUUGGGGGUUCAGCCCCUGAUUGGUGUGUCACAAACUGAAAGGUGAGAUUUAGGGACAGAUUGAGCCACGGGAGACAUUCUGAAACAGAAAGGAAGAAAAAGAAAGUGAAGAGAAAGGAAAUAAUUUACAAAUCUAAAUUACACACGGGCCUUCAACCACAGCUGGCAAGUAGGUCCUAGUGUUCUUCAAUUAACACUUGAUCUAAUGGAAACUUUGUGAAGCCCACCCUGCAGGAGGUUGAGACUUGGGUGAAGAAGUGAUAGAAUAAAAUUGCUGACAGCUACGUAACCAAUGCAUUAUAAGUGCACCACAUGGACAGAAGCAUUCAUGUUUGAUGUAAAAAUAAAAUGGGCAAGCAGAUGUGAAAGCUGUAAAAUGUGUUGCACCUGAGAAGAAAUAUUCUCCAAUUAGUAGUAAAGAAGACUCUGCCUUGCAGGCAACUGGGGAAAUGCCCACUCCCCUUUUGGGCCCCUCCACUGAAAUCUGGUAAUAAGUCAUAACAGCUCAAUCUUGUUGCUAUAUUUCACAUCCUAAAUUCAAGCUGACCUUCUGAGAAGGAUUGUAAGGUGAAUCAGGUUCAGCCUUGUUGUUUUACAGAUGAAGACUGAGGCCCAAGGUGAGCAAGUUUUCCAUUUGAUUGUGAUACUCAGAGUAGUAUGACAAUGUCAUCAUCGUCAUGAUCUGGACCAGGUUGGGAAGGCCGGCACUGGGGUGAGGAAGACAGCAGGAUCAGACAGCCCACCUUCUCCACAUCAGAGCAAACUGGAUCAAAGUUAUACAUGUUUACUCAUCAUGAGCCUGCCUAGGUGCCCUACCCACCUCCCAGCUAAGAGAGGAAGAUGUCCAGGGGAACAAAGUUUGGUUCUCCAGCAGCCCCCUCCUCCCAAAAGGAGAACAGAAAAGAAUUCAUCAUUUAGAGCCCACUUCCUUCUGGCCUCACCACCAGGGGCCACAUCCAGAUGGAGAAAAUAGUUAAGAGGGUCUCACAUUUACAUACAUUUGCAUAUGUUUGCAUAUCCACACAAGAACAUGUAGUUCAUUCUCAGGCAAUUUUCAAGUAAAUGUGAUUAUUGCCAUCUUCGGGUUGUCAUGGAUAGAUUUUGCUCUUCUCACUUUGCUUCUCACCCGCCCACAGUUCCUGAGCCCUGAUUCUGGCCCAGUGAGUGUAUGUGUGUCUGCUCCUGCAAACACAGUGGGAAGGGCGCUCCUAAGCGAACUCAGGGACAUGGAGCCCCAGCAGAGAGGUGGCAGGGACAGUCCACAGGCAGCAUGGCUUCGCAGCCAUGCUUGGACUGUAAUGGCUAUUGGGUCACAUCUGUUCCGUUUGUGCCAAGGUGGCAAAUGCAUAGAUUGAACAUGCUUGGCAAGUUACAGGCUUGUACUCUGUGAUGGUGUCGGGGCAACACCAAAAACCCUCUGGUGCAGGAGGCAGUGGGCAGAUGAUGAGCACUACAUAAACUGUGCAGCCGAACCUCAACCUCUGAGUUCCUUUAGAAUCUUUCCCUCAUUACUGUAUUACCCCACAUCUUCUCACCUUUUCUUGUAGAAUCAGCUUUUCCUACUAUUUGGCUCACAGUGGGUCCUUCCCAAUAGGCUUUUAAUGGUGCAGGGGCUCAAAAGGACCCAGAGGGGUGCCUAUUUGGUCUUUGAGGCUGUCAGUAUGCAGGCACCAUGAGUUACUAGGAAAACACAGGAAAUAAAAGGACAAACCAGUUCCUUGCUGUUCUCCUUGGCACUGAGAAAAGAGUCUGAGAAGCAAUAGACCAUCAGGACUUUUCUUUGGGGGAAAAAUGCUUUUUGCUUAUGAUCUCUGUGUGUUUGAAUAUUCAGCAUACGAGUUGAAGGAGAGUACUACUUUAUAAACUUCAUAGAUUCCACUUUCUCUGGUGUGAAUUUGUGAACCAACUCAUCAACAGCUAUCUCCUGUGUGCCACAGGAAGCUCUGAGCUGGAACAUAGUAGGGCGUCAUAGAUACUUGCAGACGUGCACUGCAGUAGAGAUACAAUACGGCUAUUGUGGGAUUCAGAAAAUAAAAAUGUACAGAGCCUGCCAGCUAGGAACUCAGAGUCCAUAAAGAUACUUGCAAUAUUUUAUUAAUAUUUAAUAACAGAAGGAAUGCACACAGUUGAUGUUUUUGUUCAGACUGCUAUAACAAAAUACUAUAAACUGAGUGGCUUAUGAACAACAAACUUUUUUUUUACAGUUCUCAAGGCUGAGAAGUCCUAGAUCAAGGUGCCAGCAAAUUCAAUGUCCAGUAAGGACCAGUUUUCUGGGUCCUAAAAACCUCUUCUUGCUGCAUCCACAGGAGGUGAAGGGGAUGAGGAGAGCUCUGGUAUUUGUUUUGUAAAGAAACUGAUCCUAAACCCUCAUGACUCAGUUCCAUUUCAAAGGCCCCACCUUCUAAAUCUCAUAUUAGGGGUUGAAAUUUCAACAUAGAAAUUUGGUGAGGGGCAGGACAUGCAGGCAUUCAGUCUGCAAAAGUCAUGAGAGAAAAGCCAGUAAAGUUAGAGACCAAGCUUAAUUCCCAGCUGUGUGACUUGGGCCAAGCCAUAGAAAUUCUCUGAGUCUCAGGUUCUACUGAAAAUGGACUUGCAAGCAUGUAUAUUUAAAGGAUUAAAUUGACCAACAUGUAAAGAACUUAACACAUUAUUUGGCACUGAGUAAAUUUUUAAGGUAUUAGCUCAAAUAUAAGACAGGCAUAAUUAAGUAGGAAAAUAUGUGAUUUAGAGUUGUACAAUUUUUAAAUUUAGAAAAAAAAAGUACAAACUCUCUAAUCCAGUGUUUCUCCAAUAAUGGUCUGUGGAUUGCUGCCAGUUUUUGACAAUUUUUAUUUCCAGUCUGCAGCAAAAUAUAAAAACAGAAAGGCAGUGUAACGGGAAACUAUUCUUUCUUUGGUGUUCAGUGUCACUUUUUUUUUUUUUUUUUUUUUGUGUCACUUUUUCAAUGAGCUAAUGAAAGGCAGGUGGUAAAUUGCUAAUCUUAUAUCAUUCCUCCAUUUAUUAUUACUGAUCCAGGGUGCUGGGAAACCCUGUACACUUGAGAGUUCAGACAGGGUUAGGAAAAUGCAUCUAACUGCUCUCUGUAUGAUUUCCUUCAGAUCUUUGAAGUCAGCAAUCAAGAGGGAGCUAGCCACAUGUACAGAACAGCCUUGGUUUUAAACUCAGCUCUUGCUUUGUUUGCACAUUGUUUCUUCCUCUAAACAUUGGCUAAAUGUGGUUAGGAACAUCUACCUUGGAAGAAUGUUGUAGGGAUCAAGGAAGAAAACGCAUGUGAAAACAGUUUGUAAAUGGUAAAGUUCUGUGGAGAUGUUACACUUAUCAAUAAAAGACAGUCCUGUUUCCUCAACGAGUUGUUCACAUGACACAGUAUCUAUUACACAUCAAUGUUUUAUAAUCUUCUGAACAUGGAUAUAUUAUUAGUUAAUAAUAUAUAUAUUAGUUGAUACUCUCCAUGAAACAUUAGACCCAAAACUGAACCUAAUCCUUAGCUCUACUUGACUCUAUGGAUAAAACUGGGUAAAGAACCAGACUGGAUGGUCUUUUGGGUCUUGGGUUUUAUGACAAUUAUACAUUUACACCUUCUGACCUGGGCAUUCUAAUUUUAUGUCACAAUCUCAGCACAAAUGGAUCAUGUUUUCUUUCUAGCUAGCGAAUAUCCCCAAAAUCACAUGACAGCUAAUAUUUUGGAGCAACUAGAAGAUUUGACCUUUUUAUAUUGGCUUCAAGACUAUAACAAUAUUUAAUCUACCUUUUCCAACUUAAAAACUUUCUCUUUGGAGAGAGUGGUAACAAAAUAGGAGCAUAACAGGGCUGCCUUUUCUUUGACAGCUGUCCCCAUUUUAUUACCUUCAUUUUCCUCAUUAUUUCAUCUUCCUUUUACAUGGAAUAUUCCUUUAAAAGCAAUCUGAGGCUAUUAUUUUGCCAAAAAUCUAUGUAUUCUGCAAUAACCUGCCAUGUGAUGUCCUAAGAAAUAUUGUGAAAUAGAAAGAAGUAGAACAUAGGGGUUAAGAGUGUCAACUCUUAGCCUGGCUUAUUUUGGAUUCAAAUUUCACCUCUGAUACUUAUUGUUUUCUCUGAUCUUCAGCCAGUAACUUAACCACUUAUUUCUUAGAUCCUUUAUCUAUAAAAAGAAGAUAAAUAGUACACCUACUUCCUCAUGUUCUUCUGAGGAAUCAAUGAGUAAAUAUAUCUUAAAGUGCUAAAAACAGCACCUGGCACUCAUUAAAUCUUCCAUAAAUGUGCAGCACUAAUAUUAUUGUCCUGACAGGAACGCAUGGACCUAAGGGUUUGUUCUGUGUUAUGCUCUCCCCUUCAUAGCUUUGUGUAGGUCUUUAUUCAAUCUGAGCUCAUCAAAGAGCUCUUUAUAAAUCCUCAUGGGUUUUGUUAGCUGCCUUCCCCUUUUUUUGUCAGGAUAACUCAUGAUUAUUUUAUUUGAAUUUCAUUUCUUAGAAGUGCCCAUCCCAUUAGAGAGUGGAGCUACAUUAGUUUGCAUCCCAGGUCACAAGAUCAUAAUCUUUUGUUCUGAACUUUUAGAAAUCUGCUCUUCUUACGUCUAGGGUCCACUGAUCUCAAUAUUUUAAUAAAUUUCUUCAUAUUACCUAUUUCCCAGAAGGAUUAGAGGUAGUUGCCAUAUUUUAUUAUAAUAAGAAGCCACUCUAUAACUUAUUGCUAAUUAAAAAUGCCAGAAUCAUUUUUUCUCUUGGUUUCCUAUCACAUAACAUCAUUAUCCAGGUCUUCUUUACUGGUCACAAUUAAGUCGUGAGUAGCAGUUCCUCCUCAUUGCUUUUUCUACCUACUGAGGAAUGAAGCUGUCAGCCAGGCUAGGCAAGAAUUCAUCAGAUAUUCUGCAUGAGACUUCCAGCAGAUCUCCUGCUCAUUGACAUCCCUCAUCACCUGUGGAUCUUGCCUCUCUGCCAAUUUCUGCAGUUUUGAGAAAAGAGCUUAGGUAGGUAUCUAUGUACCAAUUGCACGAGUCUGCCUCAUACCUUCUGUAAGUAUGAAACUUUCUAGAAGAUUCUCCAUUCUAAACACCACCCUUCAAACAUGGCUAAGACUUCACUAGAUGGUUAUUAUUUUUUAAAUCAACUGUUAUUGAGGCUGUUGGGUUAUUUUUUCAUGUGAAGCUGCUUUGAAAAAAGAUCCCUUAAAGACUUUUAGUAUCUGACUCUGUGCACUAUAGGUUUAGAAAUCGUGCCUCAUUCAAAACCCUGAAAGGAGAAUGUGAAAUAUCUGGGCUCCUGAUGGAUAUCUUGUCACAGGGCUCUGACUGAUACUGAAUUGUUGCACCUCUGGUACCACUCAGCCUACCUAAGCUGUUGACAGUUGGUUUGCUAGAUGCGUUUCUAUGUAUCUUCUGUCUGCAAAGUAAUUCUUAGUACUUCCUUUACACCCCCCCCCCAAUCAGGAAAAGAUGCCUACUCUCACUAGUAAUUAUCAAGGUUAAACUGGAUGUAAAUUCCCCAAGGGCAGUGUUCAGACACCAAAGAAAGUUAAUGAAAUACAAUAAAAUAAUAAUUUACUGAGUCAGAAACUGUUGUUAGGAUAAAAAAAAUACAAAGAGGAAUAGGAUAUUCUUUGCUGUAAAGAAAUCAUAGAUAUGGUGGAAAUAGAACAGAUCUUUGCAAUACAGUGUGGUGAGUGAGGUGAUGGAGAUACUGCCAUGCCUGUUAGCACAGAGGAGAGGAUCUAGGCCAGCCAGAGGGGAGUGAGCAAAUACUACGUUUUGUCAGGGUGGCCUCCAGUCAGCAGCGAUCUUGAACCAAGUUUGAACACUUAGGAAGAGUAUCCUGCUCUACACAAAUAUUAUUCGAUUUCUUGUUUUAGACAUAUAUCAUUGUGAUGCAAAACUAAUCCUUAUUUCUCCUCCCUGUUAAAAUGAUCAGCCUCCAACUGUAAAGCUGAGAGACAAAAUUGCCUUUUUGUCUAUAGUCUGAGGAUGACCCAAACAAUAACCUGUAUAUAAGCUUUGGGACAAAAGUCUGGCCAAUAACCCUUAACAUGUAAGGUGGGUGGAAUCAGCCUCUGUUAGGAAAGGUCUGAGAGAAGAAGUAGAGGACUCUGGGAGAAUCAGGAUUCUGCCCAAUUCUCUUUGUAAGAGCAGCUUACAAAUUCAGGUAGGGGACUGGCCCAGGAAUGGCCAGGGUUGUUGGACAAGAGAGUAGAUUGGCCAUAAGUAGAGCCUGGAGUAGAGGUUCAUUCCAGUAGUGCCUUCUGGAGAGAACCCUCCCAGAAUGGAAGCUGGCCCAUCUACACCUGAAUUGCUGACCAUUUCUCUUCUAUGAGAACUCAGAAUCACCUGCAUGCAAUGCAGUCUCUGCCUCAGAGAUAUCAUCAGCAAUUCUGAAGUCAACACAAUGGAUCUAAUGCAGUGCUUCACAGGAUCUCUGGUUAGACUCACCUGAGAAAUACUGGUGGACAUGCUGAGACUUUAGAAAAACCCCUAAUCACCUAAAAUGGUAAUGAAAAGGUUAUUUUGAAUUUAGUUUUCUUCUAUCACCAUUCAAUGGGAAAAGAGCUCUAGAACUUAUUUUUAAAUGAUAGACUGAGGCAGCCUGAGACAGAGGGAAAUGGAUGUCUCUGCUACACAAGGAUAGUACCUGGCCAGAUGAGGUGAGAAGGGAGAAGAGGACUCCAGGCAGAGGAGACAAAGUGAGGCACCACAGGGAGGAAUGACACCAUGGUCCAUGCAGAGAAUAGCAAGCAGAUCUGUACUUUCUCACACAAAGGGGGAAGCGGAGAUCGACAGGAGAGAGAGGAAGGCAUUAGACCAUGGAGAACUUUGUAGAACAAGUUAGGGAGCAUGUAUUUUAUCUAAUAGGCAGUGAGAACUCAUGGACAUGUUUUAAGUAGAGAAAUGAGAUGAUGAGGGUUUCAUUAAAUUUAAAUUUUUAAAAAAGGACAUCUUAGCUAAAUCACUUUGGAGAUGGUAGAAAUAAAGGGCUUGAGAGAGCAAAUUAGGAAGCUGGUAUAUUUGGCCAGAUAGGUAGUGAGAGGGCCUGAGCUGGGAAAGUUAUGGGAGGCGUGGGGAGGAGAUGGGUCAAAUGGAUACCUCAGUGGCAAGAUGUGACUCAGAAGGCAAGAGGAAAGAGGGGGGUGAAGGCAAGGAUGAUUUUAGAGUGAUAGCUUGGAUGAAAAGGCAUUUGUACAGUGUCUGCUACACAAUGGGCAUUUGACAAAUAUUUAUAUAAGUUCCGGUAAUUAUUGUGAUGAUUGUUUUGUCUAUCAUUACUAUUGAGUGCUAUUAAAAUGAGAAUUCUAGUUUCAGGUUACUCACUGCAUGAUAUUGAGAAAGUCAUGCUGUCUCUUCCACAAAAUGAGAGAUGGACCAGAUAAAUCCCAAAGCCCUUUCCAUCUUUGACUUUUCUGGCAAAAUAUUAUAAACCAACGCUGCAAAGAGAACAUAAAAUUUAUGACAAUAUUUUCAUAGAUGCUCAUAAAAUACACAAUCAGGUGCAAAAUGAAUAAGAUAUCAACAGUUUACUCAAGGAAGGAACAGUGUCACAGAGCAGAUAAGUAUGCAUGAUGCCAUAAUGGAUGCUGGUAAGUAAAUAUGCUACGAGAGAGUUAUAGAUAAAGUGAUGUGGCUGUCAAAAGAAGAGAGUAAUUACCUUCAGUGAAAAGACAGUAGUGAAACAGAUGUCUUUAGGAGAUACUCCACUGGCUUGUGCAUUUCACAGAAACUUUUAUAGCUUUUAGCCCCGUUUGCAGGGACUCAAUCAAAAGAUCUGGAGAAGGCUGGGUAGGUGCUGGAGGCCUGACCCAUGAGGUAGGGUUCUGCUGGAGUGAAACUCAUCAGAUCAGUCAGUGGUCAACUUCUGGCCCCUGGCUUCAUAGGGGAAGCAGAGUGUGCAGCAAGAUCAGUGCACUGAGAUUAGAAUGUCUGGGCUCCACUCUCAGCACAUGAUACUGCUUAAUUGGAUGACCUUUGACAAACAGAGACAUUCAUCCUUCGUUGCUUCAUCUGAAGGGUCAUUGGCAAUGCCUGGUUAACCUUCCUUGUGAAGAUCAAUAAGCAUGAUGGUAGUAAUUAACGCUAUACCUAAUGGUCACUAAGUGCUUGCUAUGGUCUAUGCAACCGUCCAAAAUACAUAGAUGCAUUAAUUCAUUUAGUUUUCACAGUUACCCCGUGAAGUAGUUACUCUUGUGUGUCAUUUUUACGUAAUAAACAACACUAGAGGAUCAGGAACCAUCCCAAGGUAAUGCAGCAGGAAGCAGCUGAGAAGGUAUCAAAUCCAGGCACUUUGGCUGCUGAGCCCAUGCUCUCUGAUCACUAUGCCCUGUUGCUUCUUUUCUCGUGCAACAGCACUUUGUAGACUGUAACACAGCAUUUAACGUGAGCAGUAAUGUUGCUCCAAUGAUGUUUUCCAAUUGGUCCAGUCUAAAGGUAUAAAGAGGCAAUAACAAUUACAUAGGAAAAUGUACCAGGACAUAAACCUUAUAAAUUGGAACCAGUCCUCUUAUAGUAGCCUCUGGGUGGGUAGUAGAUCUGCUUAGGAAAUAAAACUGUAAGUGAUAUAGUUUAUAGAACUCUUUAGUACUUAAAAGAAACUUAAAAGUGAUUCUCUAGAUGAGACUUUUCACUGUUCUUUUAAAUAUGUGCUCUGGAAGUUUAAGUGACUGGAUGAAGGCCACACAAAUGGCAAAGCAGAGAACUGAAAACUAGUGAUUAUAGAGCUGAGAAUUAAAAGAGGGUGAUGUUCUUAAAAGCUAAUGCUAUAAAGUUUGGUGAUUGAUGAAUUGACCUUCUGUCAAGGUGUAUUUCUCAGUAGUUGAACUGCUUCCCUUAGCAAGAGUUAGAUACAUACUCUCUUGAUUUGUGAUGGUUCUUGGAGAAGAACAGAAAGUAAACCUCAUUGGUUUGUUUAAAUUCUAUCACUUGCCCUGUGACAUAAAACAUCUGAGUUUAUCUUCUUGCACUGUCAAAGCAUUUAAAUAUCACUGUGAGUAGGAUGUUUUUCUGUCUAGUCAUUCAAAGGACUUAUCUGUUUUAAGAUUAGGAAAUUUGAGCCAAGACUAGGAAAUUUGGGCCACUUACAGGAAUUCCUUUGACUAUCAUUUUGGGGUCUAAGAAACUUCUACUUAUGUCUGGGUUCUAUGGUUCUUUUAUGUUAGUCUCUGAAGCCAAUCUGAUAAACUCAUUUAAGCUGUAUCUCUCACUGAUAAUAGUUUUUUCUGUGAUUCAGAAGAGAUAUGUGCUUUAGCAGGUGUUUUCAUGAAAGGAAUGUGUGGUGCGGGGACAGAGCCCCCAUAGAGGUGGGAACCUGGGGAAGAGACUGUGACAUAAAGCAAUAAUAAAAGGAAAAUAAUAAUAAUAGCAUAAGCAAAACUACAAUUUAUACACUAUGUGAUUUGAGCCAGAAAUGUGUAUUUUGAAUAGAACUUCCUUGAAAGUUUUUCUGAGAGGACCAAAUAAAUGCUAGACUUAUUUUAAUUAUUUUCUUCUGUUUUCUAGAUGCAACCUUGUCACAUAUUAUAUUUUCCCAAGGCAUUUUGUGUUGGGGAGAAAGAAUCUUAUAUUUGGGUGGUAGAUAAAUAUAAUCCUAAUUUUUAUAGAAGUUACAAUUAAUGUUAGAAAUAACCUCUUAAUUAGUUAACUGAUCAACUCUUUAAACAAAUCUUCAUUACGGAUUUUUAAAGAUCCCAAUCAUGGAGAAGGACUUAUUCAAAAGAAGAGUGAGCUCCUUUUCUAGACUAGAAGCUAGUCUGGCCCAGUUCUAGGUGUGCGAGAGACGGGAGGUGGGGGUUUUGCCCAGGAGUGCCUAUGUCCACAGAGAGAGCAGAUCCAAGGGCAUGGAGAAAUGCUCUAAGUUCAGCAACAGGGCUCAGGCCCACAGUGACAGUUCAGUCAGAACAUAAUCCAUUGGCUGCUGUUCAGUGCCCACAAGUUCAGGAUGUUGGCACAGAAACAGGAGGUGUCCAUCUGGGCUGGUAAAAGCACCUGCUUUCCACAAACAUGUGAUGAAGCAGGUGCCCGGAGCAGCUUCCAGACAGCAGGCGCUGUGGCCACUUUUGCCUCUGAGCACAUUUCUAUCAUCACUCCAUAAAGGGGAGAGAGAGUCACUCCUCAGAAGAUCAUGCCCCAGGACUCAUUGGCUUUCCCCUUGGUUCUUCAGCUCCGCCUUCCCCUACAGCUGCUUCAGAGGACAAAGUCACUUUACUGCAAUACGCAAAGCUCUCAGGUUGCAAACUAUAUUUGGGUGAAUAGUUAUAAGUACAGUUUUAUUUCUUCAGUUUGCCAUUUGCUGACACAUAAAGAAAGUCUUUAUCAUUGUCUCCAUCCUGCCUCCCAGCUUUAACUUUUAUUCUCUCCAUCCAUCCCCAGUUGCAGUGAUGCCUACUUAUUUAUUUUUUUGCUUCCUGGAAUCACUGAGGGAACAAUGUCCUUUCUGUUUGCCUUCAGGUCCACACCUCAUUUUGAAGCCAAAGCUAUCACCGUAAUUGCUGGGUUCCAGCCUGUUGUUUGAAAUGGGCUUUCUGAAGUUUAAAUUGUUCAACUUCAUCCCUAGUGUUCUGUGCUUGCUGGGAGUGAUGCUGAGCAGGAGUCAGGGACUAUUCAGAAGUCCAGACAAAGGCUCAGAAUGGCACAAUUAGAACUUUCUUCUCAGGAAUUCCUUACCUAAUGCCGCCAUGUUUUUAGCACCAAGAGCCUACCAUCCUGAUCACCACUGAUUGCACCAGAUCUUGGAACAAUAUAGGAAUGUGGAGUACGCUUUCUUAUCAGCAGACUGACACCAUUCACUGUGUAGUUUAGCUGUGGGCUUGACAUGGAAGCAAGAGGAAGGAUUCUGCUUCUUCACACUGUUGCUUCACAGUGGAACCUCCUGAGACCUAUAAGUGGAUAGGAGAUACCUCUAAUAAGUCAUUGGCUAAACCGAGGGGGCAUAAGAAACAUUCAUAUUGGUCCCGAGUCACACGGAACACACUGAAUCAGCCCACUGCAGACAGGCAGGUCUGUGUACAACCUACCUAGGGCCCAAGUCGCGUGGAGGAUGCCAAAUCACCCUGCUGCAGACAGGCAGGUCAGCCCAUGCCCUACCGAAGUCCCCAGUCUCACUGAACGUGCCAAAUCAGCCCGCGCCCUGGCAACAAUCCACUGGACCCCCACCCCUGCUCCGCUGUACAGCCACCUGGUUCCACACUACAAAGACGCAGAGGACACCGGACCACCAGACCACG